AUGUUUCCACACGGUAACAACAUCAGAGUGGGUGGCCCAUCAAAUCACCAAAAAUCCUACCCAUCGUCAUUUCAAGAACAUGACGCCCUGUUUGGCUCAUACGAGCACCUUAUGGACUGUCCGCAACCCGAAGAGGCUCUUCUCCGGCUACGAAAGAUAGCUUCUCUCGUCAAGCCUCUAAUGAGAAAGCGUUCUUGGAAGGUCAGAGUUCUAAGCGAGUUUCUGCCUGACGAUGAGCGUCUGUUGGGCCUGAAUAUUAACCGAACCUACAAAAUCUGUGUACGUCUACGAUACACCCACAACCCAGGCACCUUCCUUCCCAUCGAACAAUGCGUUGACACGCUACUCCACGAACUUUCUCACAUCGUCUUUGGUGCCCACGAUUCGAACUUCCACGCUCUCUGGGACGAACUCAGAGACGACCAUGAGACCCUCUUACUCAGAGGCUACACUGGCGAAGGUUUCUUAACUGGUGGCAGAAAGCUUGGUGGUGGUCCUGUGCCUCCACAGCAUGAGAUGAGGCGCUUAGCGCGUGCCAACGCAGAGCAGCGUCGUGUGCUUCAGAAGGGUUCCGGCAGGACUGUUGGAGGGAAGCGAAUACCUCCAGGCGCAGAUCUUCGCAAGGUUCUGGCAGACGCAGCAGAUCGAAGAGCCACUAUUGAUCGAGGAUGCGCAUCUGGCACCGCCCAGGCCAUCAACCUGGCAGAACAGGCUGGCAGGCAUACGUUCAAGACCAAGGCAGAAGAAGACGAUGCCAAUAACCGCGCCAUUGCAGAGGCAUUGUUCGAUCUUAUCGAGGAAGAAGAAGCUCAAAAAAUGAACGGCACUUUCAGUACGCCUCCAUCUACUGGCGACGAAACUCCCACUGAAAGUCCGGUCGUCCACCAACCACCUGACUCUGGAAGCUGGACAUGUCGGAUAUGUACAUGUAUCAAUUUGCAGACACAUUUAGCCUGCGAUGCUUGCGGCGGAGAGCGCCCAGCAUUUAUGACCCCAGCCAUCAACUCUGGUAUUGCUGGUCGUAGAAAUGACGCGCACCCUACGGCAUUCGCAGAGAAGAAACAGGCCAAACAGGAAUCACUGGGAUGGAAUUGUAGAGAAUGUGGAACUUUCGUGGAGCACAGGUGGUUUUGUUGUACCCUCUGCGGCCUAAUGAAGCGCUCAUGA